AGAUAACCAGAGUGAAAUUACGAACGCACCCUCAGGGUGGGCGUCUCCCAGCUACCUUUGCUUACCUGUCAUUUCCAAAUCUUAAAGCGAUUACAGAUUUCCAAUAGGUACCUCACUGGUUUGAACUAAAGGGACAUUUUGUAUUGACAAAAUGGAAUCGCCCGUGAAGAAAGGUUUCCUUAGACUGGAAAUACAGAAAACAACAUGGGAGGUUCCGGAGCAAUAUACCGCACUGAAAGCUGUUGGCUCAGGUGCUUACGGGACAGUAUGUUCUGCUAUUGACCAGCAGACCAAGGAGAAGGUGGCCAUUAAGAAGCUCUAUCGUCCAUUUCAGUCCCUGAUCCAUGCUAAACGGGCCUACCGGGAACUACGACUGUUGCGCCACAUCCAGCAUGACAAUGUGAUCUGCCUCCUUAAUGUCUUCACACCUGAUUUCUCCCUGGAGAAAUUUCAGACAUUUUACAUGGUGAUGCCCUUCGUUGCUGAGGAUCUCGGUAACAUCAUGAAGAGGAGGAGAUUGACUGAUCGCGUCAUCGUUUACCUCUUCUACCAGCUUCUAUGUGGCCUCAAGUAUAUCCAUUCUGCAGGGAUCAUCCAUCGGGACCUAAAACCUGGCAACCUCGCCGUGAACGAUAACUGUGAAUUGAAGAUUCUGGACUUUGGUCUAGCGAGACAUGCAGAGAGUGAGAUGACGGGCUAUGUGGUGACACGCUGGUACAGGUCACCAGAGGUCAUCUUCAACUGGAUGCACUAUAGCCAGUCAGUGGACUUGUGGUCAGCAGGCUGCAUUUUGGCUGAGAUGAUCACAGGCCAGGUUCUGUUCCCAGGCAAAGACAGCAUUGACCAGUUGAAGAAGAUCCUCCACGUAACAGGAACACCACCGUCCUCCCUGCUGCAGAAGAUGCAGAGCAAAGAUGCUCGUUCAUAUGUGCAGGGUCUCCCUAUCCAAAAGAAGAAAAACUUUAAGGAAGUCUUUCCCUCCUUGGAUGUAAAUGCGGUGGAUCUGCUGGACAGCAUACUGCUGCUGGACCCAGACACCAGGAUGACAGCUAAAGAGGGCCUCUCACACCCCUACCUCUCUGAGUUCCAUGAUCCAGAAUCUGAACCCGACUCCCCACCGUACGACGACUCCUUUGAAAGCAUGGAGCUUGACGUGGGAGAGUGGAGUAGUCUGAUCCACAUGGAGAUUAUGACUUUUGACCCCAGAAACCCCAGUGCCACUGCAAUGUAGCGGACAGACACAACAGAACACUGGCUCCCCCAUGGCUCCCCCAUGGCUCCCCCAUGGCUCCCUCAUGGCUCCCCAUGGCUCCCCCAUGGCUCCCCCAUGGCUCCCACAUGGCUCCCCCAUGGCUCCCCCAUGGCUCCCCCAUGGCUCCCUCAUGGCUCCCCCAUGGCUCCCCCAUGGCUCCCCCAUGGCUCCCUCAUGGCUCCCUCAUGGCUCCCCCAUGGCUCCCACAUGGCUCCCCCAUGGCUCCCCCAUGGCUCCCUCAUGGCUCCCCCAUGGCUCCCUCAUGGCUCCCUCAUGGCUCCCCCAUGGCUCCCCCAUGGCUCCCCCAUGGCUCCCUCAUGGCUCCCCCAUGGCUCCCCCAUGGCUCCCCCAUGGCUCCCCCAUGGCUCCCUCAUGGCUCCCUCAUGGCUCCCCCAUGGCUCCCCCAUGGCUCCCCCAUGGCUCCCCCAUGGCUCCAUCUUAUAAAAAGCAUCACAUUUCACAACAUGGUUUCAUGACUUCAUGAAACAUGAUACUGGAAAAAGUGGCGCCGAAGGAGAUGGCUGUCUUUUUACGAUCCCGUAACUAAUUGUGCGAUUGUUUAAAAGCAUUGUUGGUUAAGGGCUUGUAAGUAAGCAUUUCACAGUGUUGUAUUCGGCGCAUGUGACAAAUACAAUUUGAUUUGAUUUGGUAUGUCAUCAUUUUUAUGGAUCCCUCAUGUUUUAAGGGUAGGUAAUGGUUUUAACUUGUUUUAAGGUAUACAUUUUCAGAAUGCUUCGUAAAAAUGAAUAUGAAUGAUGUACAACCUUUGAAUAUAUUAGUAGUAUUAUCAUAUUAAAUAUAGUAACGUGGUAAUCAAACACACCAUUUGCAUGUUUAUCCAAUCUAUGUAUGAACAAUGUUUUUAUCAUGACUGAGUAAAACCUCAUACCUCAAAUCAAUCUCAUCUAUGAACACAUUUUCAUCUCUGACUCAAUUAGCAUUUUCCAAAAUUAAGCAUGUUUUGGUAUCUUAACUGAAAAUGUAUGUUUGAUGCCAGAAAACUACAUCUCAAUCAAUAAAUCCACAUAGUGUACAGUAGACGGCACAUGUUCAGUGUAAUGUAUAAUGUUCUUAUGCUGCCCUUUUUGUUGUUUUGUGAACGGGUUAGAUAGGUCAUCAUUUCAGUUCUGUUACAGCAAUGGUGUUAAGGUAAUAAGUAAAAAAUACUUUAAAGUACUACUUAAGUCAUUUUUUGGGGUAUCUGUACUUCGCUAUUUAUAUUUUUGACAACUUUUACCUUCACUACACUACAUUCCGAAAGAAAAUAAUGUACCUUUUAUUCCAUACAUUUUCCCUGACACCCAAAAGUACUUGUUACAUUUUGAAUUUUCAGGCAGGACAGCAAUAUGGUCCAAUUCACGCGUCUAUCAAUAUAACGCAUUGUCAUCCCUAAUGCCUCUGAUCUUACAGACUCACUGCAAAUACUGCAUUUGUAAAUUAUGUCUGAGUGUUGGAGUGCAUCCCCUGGCUGUCCGUCAAUAAAAAAAACAAGACAAUUGUGCCAUCUGGUCUGCUUAAUGCAAGUAUGAUAAUUGAGUACUUUUUUCACCAUUGUGUUACAGUAGAUGUAUGCGUGUGUUACGUUAAUUAAAGUUGUCUGCCUGUAUCCCACCUGCUGAAAUUGAAGUAGAUUAAAUACAUUUAAAUUGAAUCAGAUUUAAUUACAUUUGAAUUAAUACAGUACUACUGCUUUUGUCUGUAACGAUUCACUAGCAUUCCAAAAAGAGGGCAAUAUGAAUGUUUGAUUGCAUUGUUUUGGGUGCUAUGAAUGCUAUCCCAAUUUCCUCAGAAAACAUCAAUACAUGGUUGAUAUUUCUUUUAUAGUAAAGAGAAGUAACACAUGUUCACACUAUCUAAUACUGUCAGAUUCAUUGUAAAUCCCAUUUAAAGGGACAGUUCAUCCAAAUUACAAAAUUAUAUUGUUUUCCUUACCCUGUCAGCAGUUAAUGGACAAGGUAUGACAGCAAUCAUGCUUUGUUAAUUUCUUUACCUGGUCACUGUUUCAAAUGCUAAGUUUUUUGCAUUUUUGGCUCAAAUCCAAUGUAAGUCAUUGGUACCUAUAUUAUAAUUGUUGCUCUUUAUGAACAUAUCAUCUAUAAGAAACUUCAAUGAGUUGCGAUACAUUUUUACAUGAUUCGGACAUGAAGAGUAAAAAUGUUAAUAUAGGUACCAUUAACUUGCAUUUCAUUUGUGCUACAAAUGCUAAAAAGAUAUAUUUUGAAACAGUGGCCAGGUAAACAAAACCAAUGCAUGGAGUGCGGUCAUACCUUGUCCAUAGACUGCUUACACAGGGUAAGAAAACAGUGCCAUUUUGUAAUUUGGAUGAACUAAUCCCUUUAAUAACUUAGUGGUUAACUAGAUUAUAGUGAGGAUAAAUUCCUCAAUGUUGUGUUACAGGCCUUGACGAUGUGUCAUUACAUUUGGCUAUUUUGUGGUUUGAAAUCGAAUUCUUCACAAGUCAGCUCACACUUUGACAUUGCAAAGAGCCGUUCGCGUCUGAUUGCAUCUUGUUUUCCUGGUGGCUAAAAAUUCUAAUAGUUCCUUCAUUUCAGUUUAUGUGGCAAAACAAGAAAGAAUCGUCUGGAGAAUCAUUGUACCAUAUAAACCAAUGAAAUAUAUUUUCCAUAAACAAAUAUGUUGUAUUUUCAGCUGGUGUACAAAACUGAAUGUAAAAGAUACAAAAACAAAACUUAGAUCUAUCGCUUUUUAGACUUGCUUUCAAUGAGAAUGACAGAUCUGUAGCAUGUACGCUGGGAGUCAGAAAGCAAGUGCAGGUGAUGAGUUUAAUAAUAAACAGACCAUUUGCCACAAUAACAGCCACGAGUCACGUAUAGACAUGACACACAUAGUCAAAUACUGCCUGGGGACUGGAACUAAGGGAGUGACAGAUAUAGGGGAGGUAAUCAGUGAAGUGAUGGAGUCCAGGUGUGCCUAAUGAUGAAGCGCAGGUGUGCGUGAUGAUGAAUGCCAGGUGUGCAUAAUGAUGAAUGCCAGGUGCGCGUAAUGAUGAAUGCCAGGUGUGCGUAACGAUGAAAGCCAGAGGUUGUAAUCUGAAUAUAGGGGAAAAGGCCAUUUCUAAACACGGCAUGAGCCAUUCUUACUAAUCCGUUGGAAAACCAGUUAGGAUUUAAGUACAACUUUUGUAUUACUGAAUCCUUAAGUGAGAGGGUCAAUGAUUUCUUAUUUAAUAAUUUCAGCCCUCCGAAAUCAUAUUCAUUAUAUAAAUUGUCCCGUUUAAUUUUUGGUCUGUCUUGCUGUUCCAAAUCAAAUGUAAUAUUUUUUGUUCAUAUAUUUUAAAAACAAGUUGUUUGGUAUAGUCCGGGCCAUAAGUACAUAGGUAAACUGCGAUAUGACUAAAGAAUUAAUCAGGGUGAUUUUUCAACAAAUAGACAGGUGUUUACCUUUCCAUGGUAGCAAGAUCCUAUCUAUUUUUGAUAACUUUCUGUAAAAAUGUAUUGCAGUUGGAUCGUUUCUUUCGGAUAUGUCACGCCAUGACCUUAGUAUUCUUUGUUUUCUUUAUUAUUUUGGUUAGGUCAGGGUGUGACAUGGGUGAUAUGUGUGUUUUUGUCUCAUCUAGGGUGUUUGUACUGUCUAGGGGUUUUGUAGAUUUAUGGGGUUGUUUCCAUCUAGGUGUUUAUGUAGGUCUAUGGGUGCCUAGAUUGGUUCUCAAUUAGAGGCUGGUGUUUAUCGUUGUCUCUGAUUGGGAACCAUAUUUAGGCAGCCAUCUUCUUUGGGUAUUUCGUGGGUUAUUUUCUAUGUGUAGUUGCCUGUGUCAGCACUCUUUAGCAUAGCAUCACGGUCAUUUUGUUGUUUUUGUUUAAGUGUUAUUUGUCUUUUUCGUCAUUCAAUAAAAGAAUGGAUUCACACCA